UUUGUUUAUCAACCAACUUGGAACAGAAUCUCAUCGUGUCCAAACAUUCGGCAAAAGUUUCGAUGAAUGUAUUCACGGAUUGUAUUUUAUUAAUUCGAUUUAUUAAUAUCUCGACUUAAACCACGCUUUUGAUCCGCGGUAGUUCGUAUUUAGUGGUUCCCGCGUGCGUUGUGCCAUACUGAACUUAAAUCCAGAUAAGGCUAACGUUACAAAAACUGCUGACAGGGUGUUCGGUGAGAGAGAGCGGUCAGCAUGUCGUCUUUCUCCGAGUCUGCGCUGGAGAAGAAGCUGUCUGAACUGAGUAACUCGCAGCAGAGCGUUCAGACUCUGUCUUUGUGGAUCAUUCAUCACCGCAAACAUGCAUCCUUCAUCGUGCGCGUGUGGCACAGAGAACUGAAGAAAGCUAAAAGCAGCAGGAAGUUGACGUUCCUGUAUCUGGCUAAUGACGUGAUUCAGAACAGUAAGAAAAAGGGUCCCGAGUUCACCAAAGACUUUGAGGGUGUCCUGGUUGAUGCCUGCUCACAUGUGGCCAGAGAUGGAGAUGAAGGUUGUAAGAAGCACAUGGAGAGGUUGCUGAACAUCUGGCAGGAGCGAAGCCUCUACCGUGCAGAUUUCAUCCAGCAGCUCAAACUGGCUAUUGAGGACUCAGACAGCCCCAAACAGAAGCCCGCAGAUUCAUCCGCGCUGGAGCCGUGCCGGAACACUGGAUCACAACCCCACGCACGGAAGAUAAUUCCACACAGAGCUGCAAUUCCAGGUUUUCUAAGAGAGAUGGCGACAAAGAGGCAAAACUUACGGACUGCAGCUUUAACAGAUGAUAGAAAAAAUUUAAAGAGAAGCUACCAGAAGGUCCAGGAGGAAGAGGAGGAGGAAGAUGAUGAUUACAGAGGUCACUACUCUCCCCGUGAGAUGGACGCAGCUGCUCCACAACUGACGGAGGAUCUGGUGAAAGCGCUGCAGGAUCUAGAGAACGCUGCGUCCGGUGACGCUGCGGUGAGACAGAAGAUCGCAUCACUUCCACAGGAAGUGCAGGACGUUUCUCUUCUGGAGAAGAUCACAGAUAAACAGGCCGCAGAUAAGCUGUCAAAGACGGUGGACGAGGCCUGUUUGCUGCUGGCCGAGUAUAACGGACGCCUGGCCGCUGAGUUAGAGGACCGGAGACAGCUCGCCCGAAUGCUGACAGAAUACAUCCAGAGCCAGAGAGAUGCGCUCAACGAGAGGGAGAAGAAGCUGGAGGAAUACAAGCAGAAACUGGCUCGCGUCACACAAGUGAGGAAGGAGCUCAAGUCUCACAUCCAGAGUCUUCCAGAUCUUUCUCUUCUACCGAACGUCACCGGCGGUCUGGCUCCUCUGCCGUCUGCUGGAGAUCUGUUUUCCACUGACUGAACAUCUCUGAGACUCACAGUCCUGUACGAUCAGACACUGGGUUCCUCCUCACUGACAGUAACAUCAGUAAUGGAGCGAGUGAUGAAGAUCUGCUGUCACCAGCUCAGCUUUUCACACGUUUGUUUUUCAUUAGUUCUCAUGUCAGCUAAACCUCACGGAGAUCAAACCUGCCAGUCGAUCCUUCAGUAAACCGGACUCAAAGUGUGGAGAUUUGUUUUGAUGUGACUUUGCUGUGAAAGCAACUCCCUUUGCUUUUUCUUAUACCUGUACGUUUUUAGUUUUAUUGAUCAGAGUUUAAUUUCGCUUCAUUUUGGUUUCGGAAGAAACUAAACAUGAGGAUUCAGUUUUAAACACCUCACUGCUAAUGAGUUCAUGAUAUCAAGAGAAAUUAAUUAGAAACUCGUGUCUAUCGUCAAACUGAUAUAUUUUGGAUAAAAACCUGACCUGUUUUUCUUGAAAUGAUUAUUUUGCUGAUAAAUAUAGCAGAUUUGCUGAUAUUUGUGAGAAAAAUACAGUGUGUUCGCAUUUUCUUUUAUGGUCACUCUGUUUACAGUGUCUUCUCAUUAAAUGUGACUCAACACAUCCAGUAACCAAAUGCAUUUUGAUAUGAGUGAAUCCUUGAGGUUUGUUUGGAAUGGAUUACUGUAUUAUAAUGUAAAUUAGGUUGUGUGAAGUGUCACUGAAAUAUAAAGUGGCCAAACUCAGAUGAGUGGAACAUAAUGUGUGUUUAUGCUGUUGAUCACCAAAACGAACCAUCAAGCGGAGAGUAAGUCAUCAUUGUUCAUAGAUUCAAAUCAGUGACACUGUUGAGCUGAGAAGCUAUCUUGUGCUCUGUGGCCAUUUUGUCUACAUUAACCCACGUCUACAUCAAAUUCUGCAGAUCUCCUGCCAUUUACUUUACUUUCUGAAGCCAGUUUGGUUUAAUGGCACAGGCAGCGGUGAGCUGUUUAUCACAACAUGGAUUGCCAUUCAUCUUUUCAAGCAUAAAAAAUAAACUCAUUC